AUGUUUGGUCUUCACCGCAUUGCCGAAGGUCUGGCUUCAGCUGCCAUAACCGUCUUGUAUCCACUUCGAACAUGGGAUGGGCUACCUCCCGGUGUGCGUCCAUCCGCUCGCACAUUUCCCGUUGUGCCUCGAGGAAGACAGGGAAUCCUCCAUCGCCAUUGGGGUCCCCGCGCUGGCUGCAUUGCCACUUUUGAAAGUCACACCAGCGUUCACAUUGCCUCGAGAACCUCGUUUCUACCUGUCCGAUUCGGUUUACGGAGUCUGAAUCAGUAA